GUCAGGGAGAGAUGGAAGGGAAGAGGUGAGAGACACAGAAGUACUCCUGAGUGCUCCGCUGGGAGACCGGGGAGAUGGAAGUAAGCGGGAGACCGCGAGAGGGAUGCCGAGUGUAAGAGGAGAGAGAGAGAGAGACUGAGGAGAGAGAGUUAAGAAGAGCAGAACGGAGGGCAGAGAAAAACUUGAGAGGCAGAGACAGAGACCCAGGGAGACAUGGAGUUUAAAAAGGGCAGGGAAGGUGGAGAGAGAGGUGGAGAGGCCAGAGAGGGGGGUCUGAGCCUGAGCAAAGGACCCAAAGUGGUGGGACCUUCAGAGAGACCCCUAGGAGAGAUAAAGAAGGGGAGCAGAGACAAAGUCACUCAAGGAGAUGGAAAGAGACCGCAGAGGAGGAGGGCAGAAACCCCCAAGAUUGAGAGAGUGUCCUCAGCCUGGGGGGGCUGUGUGGAGGUGGACUCAGAGACCGAGGCCGUGUACGGGAUGACCUUCAAAAUUCUGUGCAUCUCCUGCAAGCGCCGCAGCGAGACCAAUGCUGAGACCUUCACAGAGUGGACUUUCCGCCAGAAGGGCACCGAGGAGUUUGUCAAGAUCCUGCGCUAUGAGAACGAGGUGCUGCAGCUGGAGGAGGACGAGCGCUUCGAGGGCCGCGUGGUGUGGAAUGGCAGCCGGGGCACCAAGGACCUGCAGGAUCUGUCCAUCUUCAUCACCAACGUCACCUACAACCACUCAGGCGACUACGAGUGCCACGUGUACCGCCUGCUCUUCUUUGACAACUAUGAGCACAACACCAGCGUCGUCAAAAAGAUCCACCUGGAGGUGGUGGACAAAGCCAACAGAGACAUGGCGUCCAUCGUGUCUGAGAUCAUGAUGUAUGUGCUUAUUGUGGUGUUGACCAUAUGGCUCGUGGCGGAGAUGGUUUACUGCUACAAGAAGAUCGCUGCCGCCACGGAGGCUGCUGCGCAAGAGAACGCCUCGGAAUACCUGGCCAUCACCUCAGAAAGCAAAGAGAACUGUACGGGCGUCCAGGUGGCCGAAUAGCCCCGGCCCCAGGCUCCGCCUCAAGGAAGAGCCAGCCCUAACGGGGAACAUCCGGGCACAGCCUGCCCCCAAUGGGGGUUGGCCAUUCCUGGGCCUCCACAAGCCUCAGAGUCCUGCCACCAGAGCCUCCAGGGUGGGAGGGGGUGGGGGGCUUGGCUCGCACCCCAAUCCAGCCUUCCUCCUCCUGCCCCAUCGCCCACCCGCGCCAUGCAUGAUGGGUAAAGCAAUACUGCCGCUGCCCCCACCCCUGCUUCUGCUGCCUGUUUGGGAGGGGGGGCGGUGAGGUGGGGGCAGCGGCUCCGCACCCCUCCUUCUUGCUGAUUUGCACACACUGGCCGCUUCAGACAUGCACUACUGGGGCCCGCCCCUCCCCCGCCCCCUCCCAGCCCAGCGGGGCUGGCGUUGGGCUGGACUGGCUCCGGGCAGGGGGUUCUGGGACCCACUCCGACCCCCAGCGACACUUCCCUCCCUGCUUCCUCUGGCUGGACCUGGGGUCUCCUCUCCCUGUGAUGCACUCUUGCCCCAGCCCAACCCGCCCUCUCUCACCAGCCUUGGAUUGUGGCCACCUAGAAAGGGGCCCAUUCAGCCUCGUCUCUCUUUACACAAGUAGUUUUGUUCAUGGAAUAAAGAUUCUUGGACUUGACUCA